CUGAGGACAUGCUGCCUGGGGCGUGGUGACCUGCUGUCCUGGCCUGAAACAUACGCAUGAGGCCGUUCAUGUGACCAGCAGUCCUAUGAUGUCCUAUUGGGUAGACACAUGAGUAGGCCUCUUCAGAGAGAACUGGCAAGUGCUGUCUGGGCUUCUCUGACACACAAAGAGAGUGUCAUGAGGUUCCCACCCCUGGGACACCGGGCAGACUCCAUCCUUCCUCCUUCCUUUCCAGCUCCUGACCAACAUGGCCCCUAAUUCUUGCCAGGAGUCUGAAGAUGAGCAGGUGUCGUCAGCUCCAGCAGGUGGAAAGGCAGACAGCAGUGACUUAGGGUCCCCAGUUGGCACACCUAUGGACACAGAGACUCCUUCGCGUUCUCAGAGCACUAAGCCCUACAGUACAUCCACACCAAGGGCCUACUCUAUCGGGCAGCAGUUAUCCCCUGAAAGCCUGGACCCGGGUACUCUGAAGCUGCUAUGGGAACAAAGAGAACUAGAGAUCCAAGCACUCCGGUGGGCUAUCCAGAACCGCCAGGAUACCCGAGACUACUAUAUCCUGCAGGAGGUGGCAGGGAUUCCCCCCGAGCGUACUGAGAUUGCCCCUCCUACCAGGAGCUCCAAAAGUCAAGAUAAAUUCCUGCAGAACCAGGUCCAGAAGCUUACCCUGGAGCUGAAAGCGCAGAAGGAACAAGCUCAGCUGGAGAAAGAGCACUUGGAGGAGAAACUGCAGCAGAACCUUUGUGCGAUGCAACAGCUGGAGGCUGAGCUGCAGUCGUUCCAGAAAUCAUGUCUUCUACAGCUAGCCCGGUCCUCUUGGGUGGGACGCAUGCUGAGGUCUCAGACUGGCAGCGUGGAGGUGGUCACUGCAGAGGUUCUAAGGGACCCCAGUGACUCUUCUGACUAUGCUGAGGUUCCCAUUGGUGGGGAGGGUUUCCGCUUGGAGGAUGUAGAUUGGAACAGCAUUGCCCACCGAUAUCCCAACCUCUUCUCCAACAUGAGUUUCCAAUCGGAUCAAAAGCUGCCCCAACCACACCCGUCCUACGAAACGGAUGGCCGGGACUCGGAGUACACCACCAAGCACACAGAGAAGCCUGGCAAGGUCCUGGAGUGGAGCACAUUGCCUUCGAUGGACACCAGCAGCUCAGAGGGUUUUGACUCUGACACCAGCAGCUGCCAGGUUGUUCUGCGUUCUGGAGCAAAGAAGGUGACAGGCCACCCUCCCCAGGAAACAGACUUAACUUCUUCUGAGCAGAUGCAGGAAUGGGCUAGGAGCUACAGUGGACACAAGGAAGAUCUUCAUAAGAGCUGCUCACCCUCGUUUAGCAAGACUGUUCUGGAACCCUAUGUGGACCUUCCCCACCAAUAUGCAAGGCCCCAGUUGAACCCACUUGGUUGCUGCUUAAAGAUUGCUGCGGUCAGCCACCGAGAGAAGUUCAUCCGUAUCCUCAACCAGUCAUGGGUAGAGACAGUUGACCUAGGCGGCUUUGUUCUGCAACAGCUUGUGAGGGAUUACCCCGUGUGCAUGUACCGCUUCCCGCCGGCUACUCUGCUAGCCCCGCAGCACCACAUCACGGUAUGGGGUGAAGGAACCAGCAAGACCAAGAAGCAGCUGCCACUGUUCUCAGGCCAGGACUCCUUCCAAUUCCAAUCCAGCCGAGGCUGUGUGACGGUGCUAGUCAACCCCCAUGGCCAGGUCCUCAGUGAGCAUCAAGCUGCACCUUGUGUGUCCCUGGGCUCGAAGAUCUUCACAGACAACACUGACUGGUCCAUUGACCGCUUCCCGCUCUCAGAGUGUGAGCCCUGUGUUGAUGCUGGUGAACAGCGGCGUCAUCGUCACCAUCCUUCGUCUCCACACAAAGGCUCGGCAAGGGGUGCAGGGGCCAGGCGCAAAAAGCCAGGGCCAGGUGUUCGCCAGCAACGGCUCUCCAGCACUAGCAGACCGAAGACCUCAGGACCUCUUCGCCCCACAGAGACCCAGGAUAUCUUGCCACUCCUGAGCACCCAAAAGCUCCUACCCCCUGGGGAAGUUCCUGCACAGCAGGAAGGCAUGAAGGCUGAGACAUCAGAGCUCCUGCCUGUGAUCCCAGAGUGUUCAAGAGUCUGUCUCCAGGACUCGCUGGGCAGGCUGGAGCACAAAGUCCAGGUAUGCCGGAAAAGCGUGGACCUAAGUUGCCCCAUGGUGGCCCUGUCAGUACAGAGCACAGCCGAGAGCAAAUAUGGCUUCCGCUUCCUCUGCUGCCCUCCCAUCACCGAGGAACUGUGCCGGCGGUUGUAAGGCAGCCGGGCCAGGCAGGCAGUGCCAGCUGUAUAGUUUAUUGAACCAACUGUUGCUUACAAAGUAAAGCACAUUUCUGCACACCUGAGAGUCAAAGUGAUUUGCUUGGCUUUUA